AUGCGUUCUUAUUCUUUUCUAAGCCUUGUUGGCCUCGGUGCCCUUGCCCAAACCGCGGCAGCCAAACCAGUUGGAUCGUGCAACGACAUAACUCCGCCAGUCAUAACAGGUGCCAUUAUCCGAUCCGUCAAAAGUCGAGUCUAUCGCGAUUACUCAGUGCCUGCACUUCCUCCAACAUUACUUCAAAACGUCACGGACCUAAACAUCUGCGAAGUAAAUGUCACUCUAUCUCAUUGGAACGAAAACGAUACUGUUCUCGUGCAAACGUGGUUGCCUCUCAAUAACUGGAACUCCCGUUAUCUAGCUGUCGGCGGUGGUGCCUGGGCAGCUGGACUCGGUCAAUUUGAUCUUGCUUUCCCUGCAUCUCAAGGCUAUGCUGUCUCUUCCACCAACGCUGGUCUCAGUGGGAAUCCAAUCGAUCCGUCAGGUUGGGCCUUGAAGCCUGAUGGCACUGUCAACUAUGGUCUUCUCCAGAACUUUGCUUCGAGAUCGGUCCACGAUAUGGCAGUCGUUGGUAAAGCAGUUGUUGCGUCUUUCUACGAGGCCCCAGUCGCGAAGGCAUACUUCAAUGGUUGCUCUACCGGGGGCCGUCAAGGUUUGGCGGCAGCACAGCAGUAUCCCAGUGAUUUCGAUGGGAUUCUUGCUGGAGCUGCCGCCAUUUACUGGUCAGAAUAUGUCAUCGCUGAGCUUUGGCCCCAAGUCGUGAUGAAAGACGCCAAGUAUUAUCCAUCGACCUGUGAGCUGGAUGCAUUUAUAUCAGCAGCCGUGGAGUCGUGCGAUGGAAAGGACGGCGUCGCAGAUGGUGUGAUUACAGAUCCAUUCAGGUGCGAGUACGACCCUUUCACCCUUGUCGGCCAGAAGAUUGAGUGCGGGAAUGAGAGCAGAGUGAUCGGCCAACUGGCUGCCGCAAUAGUUAGCAAGAUAUGGAGAGGACCAACUGGCUCAAGAGGCAACGCUCUGUGGUACGGAAUACCCAAGGGUGCGUCGCUUGCUGUAUUGACUGCCACCAAGGCCGUGAACGGCACAAUUACUGGUGCGCCGUUCUUUGUUGCUGAUACAUGGGUGCACAACUUCGUCAAGGCAGACACAGGCUUUUACACGUCACAACUCAAUAUCGCUGGGUUCGAAAAGCUGUUUUCAGAGUCCCGAGACAAGUUUGGUCACAUCAUGGAUUCAUCAGACCCUAAUCUCCACCCAUUCAAGAAGGCGGGCGGAAAGAUGGUUAUCUGGCAUGGUCUGAGUGAUCAGUUGAUCUAUCCUCAGGAUAGCAUCCGAUACUUCAAAGAGGCGCAGAAGACUAUUAAGUCAAAGGGAAAAGGUGAGGAUCUGGGUAGCUUUCUUCGCCUGUUUCUGGCUCCCGGAGUUGAUCAUUGUGGUUUUGGCCAAAGCGCUGGUGCUGUACCAACAGAUCCAUUUAGGGCAUUGCUGGCUUGGGUGGAAAACAGAAAGGCUCCCCAUACACUGGAUGAACACACGAAACCAGACACAUUGACCCAGUUCUCACGAAAGAUAUGUCGUUAUCCCGAAGUGGCAAAAUACAAGGGUAGGGGAGAUGCGAAUGACUCCAAGAACUACUUUUGUGGCAUGCCAUAA